AUGAUAGUCAUCGACUCGAAAUGGAUUAAGUCCAAUAUCAAGAUGUUUUCGAAACGAAAGGUUGCCGUUGUUGUUGGUGCAGGGAUAUCUGUCUCGAGUGGAAUACCGGAUUUUAGGUCGAAGUCUGGUAUUUUCAGUGAUAUUAAAAAGGACCUGGGAAUCAGUGGUAGCGAUUUAUUCACGUACAGUAUGUCGAUGUCUAAAGAGAUGAGGAAGAACUACUUGAAAUAUAUGAGUAAGCUUAAAGGGAUGGUCGACCGGGCAGUCCCCUCACCUACACAUGAGUUUCUUUCUCUUUACUCAGAUGCCUCUCGAAAGUUUAGAAUGUACACACAGAACAUUGAUGGGCUUGAAGAGAAAGCCGGCCUGGUUGCAUCAAAGGACAAGUCAGCCAAGCUUGUCUAUCUUCACGGAAAUAUGAAGAAACUGAGCUGCCUCUACUGUGGGUACAAAAUAGAGUUUGGGGAUUCAGAAAGAGGUGCAUAUGGUAAAGGAGAGGAGAUUAUAUGUCCUAACUGCAUAAAGCGCAAUGAGAAGAGAGGGAAGGAUGCAAGGAAAAGACCCGUCGGGGUGUUUCAUACAACAAUAAUACACUACAACCAAUCACAUCCAGAUUCUUCCUUCAUCUCAAGGACGGCACAGAAUGAUAGUGAUUGCGAUUUGUUUAUAGUCAUGGGAACCAGCCUCAAAGUCUUUGGCGUGAAAAAGCUGGUGAAAUACUUUUGUAGGCUUAACACGACAAGAGGAAGAAGAAUACUUGUAAAUCUCGAUAAACCCUCUAAAGAAUUUCGGGAGCUUUUUGACUUCUUCUGGAAUGGAGACUGCGACGAGUUUUGCAAGGCCCUCGGCGAGGAGUUGGGAUUAAAGUCCAUGACUGACGGGGUCCGAAGGCUUUCUAUAACGAAGAAGGAGGAUUGCAGUCAGCCAUUAAACGUCCCAGAGAGAAACGUUGCCACUGAAAGUGAUGUAAAAGUAGAGGGAAAAAUGAUAGAAAAGGAGGUCAGAAAACACAUAAACUUGUUAAUUAAGUCGUCAAGAAAGAAAGGUGGAAAUUCUGAGGCAAGUGAGGCUAGUUCCGGAAAGGAACCGAUGCUUCAUCAAGUAGAUUGUGAAAAGAACGUCAUUUCAAAAUAA